AUGACUUCACCAUCUACAGUGGACGAUGUAUCCCAGGCCAUGUCGGAGUCGUUUCUUCACCUCUCGCAGAACGAUACCGACGAGGUGAGUCUGACCCAGGACGAUUUUACCAAUACCUACCAUACCAAUGAUAUAUCGAUGUAUUUGAAAAUGGCCCAAUCGCUUGAUAAGAAAGAUAAAAAGGAUAAGAAGAAAGAGACGGAUCGAAGCAAGCUCCAAAGGAGCUCACUCGACAAAAUAGGGUUUGAUAAACAUUCCAUCGAAAGCGAAAGCACUUUGGAACAGGUGGAUAAAGACGCUAAUGCAGAUGUGCCGGUAUCUGGGCAAGAGUUAUUCAAAAUGAUUAAACCAUACUUGGAAGAAUGGAAAGAGGAUAGUGGAGACGAUUCGAUCUUGGGAUCAAUGGAAGAGUCGGCAAUCACUACUCCUCCACAACUGAGAGAAUACAAUGAUAUCAAGCUGGAAUUACAAAAACUCAAACAACAAAACGAACAAUUGGCGAAAGAAAAUGCUUUUUUGAAAAAUGAUUCAUCAAAAUAUAAGUAUAUGAUGAUUAAGAAAGACAACGACGAGUUAUCCAACGAAAAUGCUUAUCUAAAUAACCAAAUUAAACAAUUAACUAAACAGCAGGAGUACCAAAGAGAGAAAGCAAAUUUAGAAAUUGAAAAACUAACCAAAAAAAUUGGUAACCCUACUCAAAUGAUCAAUGAAUCAAACCUAGAGCCCAAAUUCAAUCAUUAUUAUAAAAAACUACAAUUAUAUAAACUAGACCAUCUUUCAAACGUUGAAUUAUCAAAUAUAAUCAAAAAUAUCAUGCUAUCCCUACUAAUCACCGACUUUAAUAACUUACCCCGAAUGAUGAGUAAACUAGGUAAGUAUAUUCAAAUUACCAAUAACUUUAUUGAUCAAUUACAUCAUCGUGUCUAUAAUAACAAUACAAACCCUUCAAUGUAUCUUCGACAAAUGGAACUUGAUCUCAAAGACUUACAACUGUGUUUAAACGAUCUUCUAAAUAAAUAUACGUGA